AUGCGAAAGUUCAUCGGAGCCCUCCUGGGCCUGGUAUUCAUGCCCCAGGUGCUAGCGGGCGACACCCUGAGCACCGACGGCUUCGAUUUGUGCAUGACCGACUCCGCCAUCACCGUCACCGAUCUAGAUGUCACCUACACUCGUUCAACUCAAGAAGUGGUCUUCGAUUUGGCUGGUACCAACUCAAAGGAACAGAAUGUCAUCGCCACCUUGAAGGUGACCGCUUAUGGCAAUACAAUCUACACGAAGACUUUCAACCCAUGUGGUAGCGAGAUCCAUGUGGCUAAGUUGUGCCCAGUCCCCUCGGGCUCCUUUUCCGCCCAAGGAAGUAUGACGGUACCUGCUACAUACGCCUCGGAGAUUCCUUCAAUCGCAUUCGCUAUCCCGGAUCUGGAUGGACAGGCCACGCUGACCCUGAAGUCCACCAGCACCGAAGAGGACGUGGCAUGUGUCGAGUCCGAGCUAUCUAAUGGAAGGUCCACCAGCCUCAAAGCUGUCAGCUGGGCCUCGGCUGGCAUCGCGGCCGGUGCUCUGGCUCUGAGUGGCAUUUCCGCACUCGGUGCGGCUGGGCAUCCCGGCGCUAGCCCUUCUAGCCCGGGCUUUGGUGAUGUGAUGGGCUGGUUCCAUAGCAUGGCUACCAAUGGCAUGUUGAGUGUCAGCUACCCUACCGUCUAUAGGAGUUUCUGCAAGAACUUCGUCUGGAGCACUGGCUUGGUCUCCUGGAAAAACAUGCAGGAAUCGAUCGAUUCCUUCCGGGAAGCUACCGGUGGCAAUCUGACCCAUGAUAGUUAUGCUUACCUGACCAGCUUGAGUCGCUCAUCGUCAAAUAGCAGCUCGACCAAGCGAAGUGUGGAAUUGAUGCGCCGUUCAAUCAACCUUCUGUCCCGCUCCGAUUCGAACAGCACCUCAUCCAGUGAUUUUGAGUCGAAAGCCAAGACGGUCAUGGACGAGGUUAUGAUCCCUUCCGCCAAUGUCUUCAUGACCGUUCUCUUGGUCUUCGCAAUUGUCGUCGCCGUCGUGGUUGUCGGCAUUCUUCUCCUGAAGAUUAUAUUAGAGGCGUGGGCAUUAUACGGCAACUUCCCCAAGAAGUUGACAAACUUCCGAAACGACUACUGGGGUAUCAUGGCUCGGACCAUUACCAACAUGAUUCUCGUUCUGUACAGUAUCUGGGUGCUGUAUUGUAUCUACCAGCUAAAGAACGGUGAUUCAUGGGCAGCCAAGCUGUUGGCGGCCGUCACUCUGGUUGUCUUCACGGGCGUCUUGGCCUUCUUUGGAUGGCGCAUCUUCUAUAUGGCCCGCAAGUAUAAGAAGGCCGAGGGUGAUACCACUUCUCUCUUUGACAACAAGGACACCUGGCGUAAGUAUAGUCUGUUUUAUGACUCCUACAAGAAAGACUUCUGGUGGCUGUUCGUGCCCAUCAUCGUAUAUGCUCUGGCCAAGGGUUGUAUCAUUGCUGGUGCUGAAGGCCACGGCAUGGCGCAAACUAUCGGUCAGCUAAUUGUUGAGAUACUUCUGCUCUGUCUUCUUGCUUGGAACCGCCCCUACGCCCGGAAAUCAUCUAUGGGAAUCAACAUCACCAUUCAAAUCGUGCGAGUCCUUUCCAUCGUCUGCAUUCUGGUCUUUGUGGAGGAACUUGGACUCUCGCAAACCACCAAGACCGUGACUGGCAUCGUCCUCAUCGUGGUCCAGUCCACUUUGACCGGCGUGCUUGCAAUUCUCAUUGCGGUCAACGCCAUCAUCACCUGCGUCCGUGAGAACCCUCACGCCAAGCGCAAGAGGGAAGCCGAAAAGAACAACCGAGACCUUGAUGAUCUCACCCCCUUGGAUGCUCGCGAGUCUCUCCUGAUCGAGCACCCGCAAAAGAGAGACUUUACCGAGAUGAGCAAGUUCAACUUCACCGGUCCAUACGAACCAUAUCGGGAUAUGCCUCACCGAUCCGACUCAAUCGGCAGCUUGAGCCAUCACUCUGGACAUGAUGGUCGCCACAGCCCGCCACUUGAGGGCCGUCAACCGACCAAGCCGGGCUACGGCAUGGCGUAUUAG